UUUGUCCUUCCUCGCGGCCGAGUGGAGCUCGCGCCGCCGCGAAAAAAUAAUCCCCCUAGGUGGGGACGCGCCGCAGAGCAGGUCUCUCACCAUGGUCAAUGAGUCCUACGGCAUGAACAAUGGCGUCGCCACCGCUGGGAAUGGGGUCGCCAGGUCCGAGGGCGGUGGCGGCAGCAGCAGCGGCAGCGACAGCUCCAAGGACAGUUCCCGGUGUUCCACCCCGGUCCUCGACGCCGAACGGCACGACCGCCUGUGGGAAAAGAUGCGCCGGCGGCACGACUCCGGGGACAAGUGGUUCUCCUUGGAGUUCUUUCCUCCACGGACCGCCAACGGAGCUGUCAACCUCAUCUCCAGGUUUGACCGCAUGGGGGCGGGUGGCCCGCUCUUCAUCGACGUCACCUGGCACCCCGCCGGAGACCCAGGCUCCGAUAAGGAGACGUCCUCGAUGAUGAUGGCCAGCACGGCGCUCAACUACUGCGGCCUGGACACCGUCCUCCACAUGACCUGCUGCAACCAGACCCAGGAGACGAUCACGGCGCACCUGCAGAAGGCCAAGCGGUUGGGGCUCAAGAACAUCAUGGCGUUACGGGGAGAUCCUGUUGGUGAAGAGUGGCAAGAGGAAGUUGAGGGGUUCAACUACGCUGUCGACUUGGUGAAGCACAUCCGCCGCGAGUUUGAGGAUUACUUUGAUAUCUGCGUGGCAGGUUAUCCCAAGGGACACCCCGAGGCAGAGAGCUACGUGGAUGACUUGAAGCAUUUGAAGCACAAAGUGGAGGCCGGGGCUGACUUUGUCAUUACACAACUCUUCUUCCGGUCAGAGACCUUCCUCAAGUUCCUGAAAGACUGCCAAGCCAUUGGCAUCACCUGCCCCAUCAUUCCGGGGAUAUUCCCCAUACAGGGCUAUCAUUCCCUGCGGCAGCUUGUGAAGCUGUCUAAACUAGAGGUGCCUCAGGAAAUCAAAGAUGUCAUUGAGCCCAUCAAGGACAACGAUGCGGCCAUCCGGAACUACGGCAUCGAACUGGCUGUCGGCAUGUGCCGGGAACUUCUGGACAGCGGCCUGGUCCACGGCCUGCAUUUCUACACCUUGAACCGGGAAGUGGCUACCGUGGAGGUGUUGAAACGUUUGGGCAUCUGGAAAGAGGAUCCAAGGCGCCCCUUGCCCUGGGCGGUCAGCGCUCAUCCCAAGCGGCGCGUUGAAGAUGUCCGGCCCAUUUUCUGGGCCUCCCGGCCGAAGAGUUACAUCUACCGGACUCAGGAAUGGGACGAGUUCCCCAACGGACGUUGGGGUAACUCGUCCUCUCCAGCCUUUGGGGAGCUCAAGGACUAUUACCUCUUCUACCUGAAGAGCAAAUCUCCCCGGGACGAACUCCUGAAGAUGUGGGGGGCAGAGCUAACCAGUGAGGAAAGCGUCUUCGAGGUGUUCAGGUGUUACAUCGCCAGGGAGCCCAACAAAGAUGGCCAUAAGGUGACCUGCCUCCCUUGGAACGAUGACCCCCUGGCUGCCGAGACCAACCUCAUGCAGGAAGAACUGGCCAAGAUGAACCAGAGGGGGAUCCUGACCAUCAAUUCACAGCCCAACAUCAACGGCAAGCCGUCCACAGACCCCAUUGUGGGCUGGGGUCCGGACGGAGGCUACGUCUUCCAGAAGGCUUACCUGGAGUUCUUCACCUCCAGCGAGAACGUCAAAGCCCUCCAGACGGUUCUGAAGAAAUACGGCCAGCGAGUGAAUUACCACAUCGUCAACGUCAAGGGUGAAAACAUCACCAAUGCCCAUGAGAUGCAGCCAAACGCCGUCACCUGGGGCAUCUUCCCCGGCAGGGAGAUCAUUCAGCCGACUGUUGUGGAUCCAGUUAGCUUCAUGUACUGGAAGGACGAGGCCUUUGCUCUGUGGAUCGAGCAGUGGGCGAAACUCUACGAGGAGGAGUCCCCCUCGCGCAUGAUCAUCCAGUACAUCCACGACAACUACUACUUGGUCAACCUGGUGGACAAUGACUUCCCCCUUCAGAGUUGCCUCUGGCAGGUGUUGGAGGAUAUGUACGAGCUGUUGAACUGCGCGGUGGGGCAGUGAAGGUGGCAUCCGCCUGGCCUCGUUGCGAUUGGAAGCACACUCAGCCUUGGGAUGUGAGGCGGAACCGCUGCGUCCCAGACACUCCCCUGGAAGGUUCCUUUGGUGGCCCUUCCUUUCUCUUCUGGUUGGAUGGCCCAUCGCCAUUCGCAGGGGUGCUCCCCCAUUGAGCCAAAAGACCCUUCCUCAGUUGUUAAGAGCCUCCCCCUCUUCGUUUAAGACCAGAGGGUGGGCAACUGUAGCCCUCCAAUGGUUGGGACCUGGAACUACCGUCAGCCCCCUAGCCAGCAAAGAGGGAUGCUGAGAACUGUAGGCCGAAACAUCUGGAAGGCCACAAAUUGUCCACCUGUAACUUAAAUGGCAGCUAAUGGUCUACCUCUGGAUCGCUUCCCUUCCCGGGUUGCACUUUAAAAACCCUUAGCCAGCUGCUGAUUCAGUGCAACACCUCCUGACCGGUGCUUAAUGCGAUCGAUAGUUCUCUCAUUUCAGUAAGGCCAUCAUGCCAGGGCCUUCCAAGCCACGGAUCGCCCUGCUGGGCUGCAACAGAAAUCUCUGUGGUGGUUCGGUUUGCUAUUUAUUUUAUAUUUUUAUUUUGGACGUGUAGAAUCUGUGCCUCUCGUUUCCUCUGUGUGUGUGUGUGUGUGGAGGGAAGAGUUUGGAUAUUUAAAUUGUUUGUAAAGAACAGAAGAAAGGAGACCGUUAACGAAAUAAAAAUACUCCAUAAAGUU